AUUAUUCACUUUUCUCUAUUUUUCCUUUUUAUUUCAAAAAUUAAAAACGGUUGCCUCGAGCUUUUCUCCCUCGAUACUUCCUCACAUUGACUAAGAGAGCCAAAGAUUAGGGCGGAGCGGGAGGACGAAGUCGAACAUGGAGAUGCAAUCAGCUGAAGUGGCCACAAAGUCUGCCACUUGGAGAUCAGAGCUCGCAAAGAUUGAUGUUUGGUAUGCCUCUUUUGGGUCUAAUAUGUGGAAACCAAGAUUCCUUUCCUAUAUUCAAGGUGGACAGGUGGAAGGCAUGAAAAAGGCUUGCAGUGGUUCAAUGGAUAGAAACCCACCAAAAGAGACUCUGUGGAAGACUUUUCCUCACCGGUUAUUCUUUGGUCGGAAUUCUACCUGCACAUGGGGUCCUGGAGGGGUUGCUUUCCUUAAUCCCGAAUCUAACAACCAGGAAAAGACUUACCUGUGCCUAUAUAGAAUAACGCUAGAACAGUACAAUGAUGUUUUGCUGCAGGAAAAUUCUCCAACCAAUGAAAAGUAUUCUCCUUUUCUUGAUAUUACUGCUUUGAACUCUAUUGCAGACAAGAAGUCCAUUUCUUUAGAGGCUCUCAAGAAGGGCUGGUAUCAUAACGUUGUUUAUUUGGGAAAGGAGCGCGAUAUCCCUAUACUAACAAUGACAUGCUCACUUUCGGAUGUUGAAAGCUUCAAAUCCGGGGAGAUUCCUCUGCGUGCUCCAGCUGUAGAAUACGCCAAUGUCUUAAUAAGAGGGCUGGUAGAAGGGGGACAACUAUCAGAAAAAGAAGCCAUGGCUUACAUACAGGAAGCUUCUACCAAACGACUGUGAGUACCAUCUCUGUAUCAGUAUUUUAACUUUCUGAAAGCAAAACCUUGGUAGUUCAGACCAAAAAAAAAAAAAAUGCAUUCCUGAUUAGAGCUGAAAAACUGAAGCAUUGGUGGAGUGGUGGGAAAUUUGAUUUGGAUUAUGUAUUUAUAUAGUGUAUUAUCAAAUGAACACUAUAUAUGUACCCGUUAUGAAUACAUAAAUAGAUAUAUAUUUAUUUA